AUGCCUCCAUGGGUGGCCUCCGUGCCGCGACUGACCUUGUUUCGCAAGACAGGGCCAAUUGAUCGGAUUCCGCUUGCGCUUCGCUGUCGCAAUGUCCCCAGGCCGACAUGUGCCAGUUUUCGCGUCCGCUCCGCAUCGACGCAUGUCUCGCCGACUGCGAUAAAUCUGCGCCCCAACGUCCCCGCACGCAACAAGGACCUGUACGACGCCUUGUCGGCGCUCAGCGGAGCAGCAGAAACACAUGUCAACAUCAGCAGACUGCAGCUGGCAUUGCGCGGUUUGGCCGCGCAAGAUGCCGUGACCAGAGUGGCUGUCCUCGGCUUGAACAGCCAAUUCAGCGCACAGCAACUGGCGCGUCUGCUGCUCGCAGAUCCACUGGGAGCUGAGGAGCAAUGGGAAAAGGAGCUGGCCAAAGCAGGCGACGCCAAUGACAACGCCGUCUUGCUAAAGUACGGCACUGAUCCCGAUGCCCACCCACCAUCACCGCUGUACAAAGUCCUCGUCGUUCCGUCGCGCAUGCUCCAAUCGCACAAUCUAGAGGUACUCGUGUCGACAGUCAACGUCAAUGUUGCCAAACCCGCCCCGCAUGUGUCGACGGAGAGCCCCAUCGAGUCGCUGCUGGUUCCAAAACUCCAGGCUACUUCGGCCAGAGGAUUGCCUGUCCCGUACCCGGUACACAAGACGCUGGUACUAGGGGAGGGCAUAGACAGCAUGAUAGCCUUUGGCAGAUUUUCGGCGGAUGGUCUCAACGAGAUGCAGAGCAUGGUGAAGGUGGCUGUUGAUCUGCCAGUGCCAUCCACCGAGUCACAACCAGACCCUCAUGCUGAAAGUGUCCCCGUCAACAUUGCAGUCGGUGCGAAAGGACUCGACAGUUUCCGCGAGUCGAUCAAAAACGCGACCAUAUACGAGCGGGCUUGGUUCCAAAGCGGGCUGCCAAUUCUGUCUCAGUGGCUAGUCCAAGAUAUCCAGCCGUCUGAAAGCCUCAAGCCGCCGAUGAAAACGCUCAUAGCGUCCAUUGCGGACAAUGCGGGAACGAGCAUUACAAGAGAAGAUGCUGCUCGGCUACAAAAGUCUGCGCCUAUCCCAACCGAUCAAGAGGUCAAGGCAUCCAUCAUCGGCCAUCUUGAGACGUGGGCCGAAAAGUCUCAUGCAGAGCUCCGCGACCAACUCGACGAAGCCUUUGCUGCCAAGAACUGGCACAAGCUGGCCUGGUGGAAGCUGCUCUGGCGCGUCGACGACAUCACCAUGAUAAGCUCCGAGAUGCUCGAACGGCGAUGGCUCGUCUCCGCCGAGAAAAACAGCAUCUACCUCGCAGGCCGCAUGAAGCAAGCCGGCUACCCCGACGAGCUUCCCCGUCCUGCCGUCCCCAGCACCCCCGAGAUCACAACGCCCGACACGGCGCCCACAGCAGAGAACCCACGAACCGACCUCUCAACCCGCGUCCGCAAAAUCGUACCCUGGAACGAACAGAUAUCCACGGCCCGCACCGACCUCAUCAACGACACAGUGCCCCCGCUCCAGGCCCUCGCCCAACGUCUGCUCCUCCAAACAUUCAGCACCACAUCCAUUUCUUCAGCGGCAUCCGCCCUCCUCUACCUCUCCGUCUCGUCCUUCUCCGUCUUCGAGGCCUCUGCCUUCGCCGCCCUCGGCCUCACUCUUUCGCUGCGCCGCAUCCAGAAAACAUGGGAGGCAACCCGCGAAUCGUGGGAAACCACUAUCCGCGAGGAAGGCCGACGUACGCUCAAGGAAACAGAGGAAAACGCUAGAUCCAUCAUCCACCAUGCGGAGAGAAGCCGUGUUCCCGAGCCAGAGGAUGUUGCGCAGAGUAGAGCGGCGAGGGACGCCAUCACGAGGGUUAGAGAGGCGCUUGAGCGCCGUGGUGGGUGAGCGCCGUGGCGAUCAGGAGGAGAAAUGGUGAGCCGUUGUAUGAUAGAUGCAUGAAAUGGCAUGGAUGCAUACAUGUUUACGUGUACCAUAGAUGUGGAAUUGAAUUGAAUUGAAAUCAAAUAAAC